AUGGCUAUGGUAGCACAGCAUCAAGGAGAGAGUAGUAGUGGGUGCAGUAUAAAUAAGCAAAUGGAUUCGGGAAAGUAUGUGAGAUACACGGCGGAGCAGGUGGAGGCAUUGGAGAGGGUAUAUGCCGAGUGCCCCAAGCCGAGCUGUUUGCGCCGUCAGCAGCUGAUCAGAGAGUGUCCGAUUCUCUCAAACAUUGAGCCCAAACAGAUCAAAGUCUGGUUUCAAAACCGAAGGUGUCGGGACAAACAGCGUACAGAGUCGACUAGACUUCAGAGCGUGAACCGAAAAUUGAGUGCGAUGAACAAGCUCUUGAUGGAAGAAAAUGAUCGCCUCCAAAAACAAGUGUCUCAGCUGGUAUCUGAGAAUGGUUACAUGCGGCAACAGCUCCAAAGUGCAACUGUGCCAAACACUGAUGCAAGUUGCGACUCAGCCGUAGCAACUCCUCAGCAGUCUCUUAUAGAUGCAAACAACCCUGCUGGACUCCUCUCGAUUGCAGAGGAAACCUUGGCAGAGUUCCUUUCAAAGGCUACAGGAACUGCUGUUGAUUGGGUGCAGAUGCCCGGGAUGAAGCCUGGUCCGGAUUCGGUUGGGAUUUUUGCGAUUUCACAAAGUGGUACUGGGGCAGCGGCAGCUCGAGCUUGUGGUCUUGUUAGUUUAGAGCCUGCAAAGAUUGCUGAGAUUUUAAAAGACCGUCCCUCUUGGUUUCGUGAAUGUCGGAGCCUUGAGAUUUUCACGAUGUUUUCUGCUGCAAAUGGUGGAAAAUUCGAACUCUUGUACACUCAGGUAUGCGAGAGAUCAAUUUCUGGUAGUGAGGCCGGCCCGAAUGCAGCCUCCUCGACAUCACAGUUUGUUAGAGCCGAAAUGCUGCCAUCUGGAUAUUUGAUUCGACCAUGCGAGGGUGGAGGAUCGAUUAUUCACAUUGUGGAUCAUCUUAAUCUGCAGGCAUGGAGUGUGCCAGACGUGUUGCGUCCACUUUACGAAUCGUCAAAAGCUAUAGCUCAGAAGAUGACAAUUGCUGUGAGCCUGGAGCAUCGGUCAGAAUGGGCAGAUUUCAAUGUUGAUGCUUAUUCUGCCUCUUCUUUGAAAUCGAGCAUGCAUUCGUACACAGGGAUGAUGCCUAUAAGAUUCACCGGAAGCCAGAUAGUCAUGCCGUUAGGUCCUACAAUCGAACAUGAAGAGAUGUGUAGUGGGAUCGAUGAGAAUGCAGUGGGAGCUUGCUCGGAACUCGUCUUUGCACCAAUAGGCGAGAUGUUUCCAGAUGAUGCACCUUUGCUGCAUUCCGGUUUUCGCAUAGUUCCUCUCGAUACGAAUUCAGGUGAGCCAAAGGAUAAUACAUUGAUGCCACACAAAACGCUCGAUUUGACAUUGGGCCUCGAUGUUGACCCAACAACAAAAACGGGCCAUACCGCCGAAAACAGCGGCCCAACUUACAGCCCACGAUCGAUACUGACAAUUGCUUUCCAGUUCCCAUGCGCCAGCAAUUUACACGACACUGUAGCCACAAUGACUCGACAUUAUGUGCGUGGCGUGAUCUCAUCCGUACAAAAGGUUGCCUUGGCCUUAUCCCCAUUCGGGUUUGGGCCCACUGUUGGGCCCAGUAUGUCCUCUGCUGGCUCUCCUGAAGCCUCAAUUCUCGCACAUUGGAUCUGCAAGAGCUAUAGCUCCCAUGUGGGGACUGAGUUGCUAAGAAUCGACUCGCUGAGUUGUGACUCUGUAUUAAAAUCACUUUGGCAUCAUCAAGAUGCUAUCAUAUGCUGCUCUCUGAAGGCUCGACCAGUAUUUGUAUUCGUGAAUCAGGCUGGCCUAGACAUGCUGGAAACAACGUUGAUUUCCUUACAAGACAUCACGCUCGAUAAAAUAUUUGGUGAUUUGAGUCAAAAGGCAUUGUUUUCCGAAUUUGCCAAGAUCAUGCAACAGGGAUAUGCUUACUUGCCAAGUGGAUUCUGCGUGUCGACAAUGGGCCGUCAGGUGUCGUAUGAACAAGCUUUCGUGUGGAAAGUUGUGGCAGCUGAAGAGGAAAGUGUCCACUGCCUAGCCUUCUCUUUCGUCAACUGGUCGUUUGUUUGA